CUCCUCCUCUCCCUUUCACACUCCAAUAUGGCUUCACCCAGGUUCUUACCGUCUCUUCUCCGAUCAUCCCUCACUCGAUUUCCGCCGAAAUUCCAUUUUCCGAUCAUUUUCCGGAACCUCUCUUCUCAUCCUCCUCCGAUCGCCAUUAGGACGUUCCCUCAGACUGAGUCAUUCUCAAGAUCUGAACACUGUAGCGGUUUAGCGUCGGUGCUCGUUUCUCCUUUUCGUAGGAAGUUUUUCUCUACGGAGACAAAUUCUGUUGAUUCUUCUUCUUCUCGAGAUGGUUCAAUUUCGGAGCCUGAUGUGCCUCCUCGCAUAAAGUUUAAGCGAUUGGAUAAAACUGCGAGGCACAUUAUGCAGAUUUUAGAUAAGGAAGCAGUGGAGGAGGCGAGAGAGAAGAGAGAGAUACCUGAUAUAAAGCCUGGUUAUAUUGUGCAACUCAAAGUGGAAGUGCCUGAGAACAAGAGGCGUGUUUCUAUUAUAAAAGGGAUUGUUAUUGCGAGGCGUAAUGCUGGCCUUAAUUCGACCUUUAGAAUUAGGAGGCUGGUGGCUGGGGUUGGGAUUGAGUCUCUGUUCCCACUGUAUUCACCUAACAUAAAGGAGAUAAAGGUGCUUGACAAGAAGAAAGUAAGAAGGGCCAAACUCUACUACCUGAGGGAGAAAAUGAAUGCACUUAAAAACUAAUAGCGAUCUACAUUCUACUGGAACUUUUUUAUUAUCCGUAAUUUUUUCUAUACCAAGUAGGUGGUUCCGUGUUCAUUACUUGCUGCUGCUGUUUUGUUGUCAACAAGAAUUUUGUUUCAAUUCUGCUGUUUUGAAUGCAUUA